AUGGGCAGAUUAAAGAAGCAAUCUAUUGCUACGUUCAUUUGUUUCAUAUCAACGGCUCUUUCUCAAUAUUCUGACGAUUUUUCGAGAAAUACCAUUUGGCCGCUAGCCGUUGCAGCAUUCGACAAAAAUCCGCAAAUUUGCAUUAACAGUGGACUCCCCGAUGGACAGUUGAAGCGCAAAAUCGAGGUGAAAUGCGAUUUUUUGAACGAGACUUGCUCUGGGUACACCGCCUCGUCAAAAGCCAGCAAUGGGAUCAUUUUGGCUUUCAGCGGUUCAACGGGAAAUGAAGGACCGUUGGAAAUAUUAAGUAUCCUCUUCGAGAAACAGGCUCAAUUCCCUGGCGGAGGCCUGGUAGCCGAGUUCUUCUACAGAACUUUCUUCAACAUUUGGAAUGCCGGGAUGAAAGACGAUUUCUUGACUCUUCGACAAAAAUUUCCUGAUUAUCAAGUUUGGAUCACCGGCCAUUCUCUUGGUGCAGCGAUGGCCACUCUUGCCGCCACUUACAUAACCCAAACUGGUUACGUUUCGGGAACGCAGGUAAAACUGAUCACUUAUGGAGAGCCGAGAAAUGGAGACGCAACUUAUGCUUCAAGAAUCAAUGAUAUGCUUCCCUUUGCUUAUCGAGUUGUUCAUGACAAUGACAUUGUGCCGCAAGUUCCGCUGGACGUUGAGAAUUAUGAGCAUCAUAGGACAGAGAUCUGGUACCCAAAUGCGAUGGCUGUCGGUGAUCCGUUUGUCGUUUGUCGCGGGAAUGAGGAUCGCAAUUGCUCUAAGGGAAUACCGAUCUCAAAAUGGAAUCCUGGUGCGCAUACGCUCUACUUUAACAUCGAUAUUGAAAAAUAUCAACACAGUGGAUGUGUUUAUGCU